AUGAAGUUCCAUCUUGCAUUUCUGGCAACUAUGCUUCUUGCGCACAGUAAUCUCGCCUCCGCCCGUGUCUCGAACGCAGUCCCCGAGAGCUCUCAGGAGAGAAUAUGUCGGAGGUUCAACUAUGCUGCGAUGCCGCAUGUCAUUUCUGUCUGCCCAGAACGUGCAAUGCUUCGAACUGGGAUUACUCCACGCAAGGGAACUUCAAAAGAGUAA